AUGCAUCUUAAUUGCUUGAUCAAUGCUCCUUUCUUUCUUUCUUUCUUUCUUUCAGUUAUUCCCUUUUCUUCUUCCAAAUGUUUUUUCAACAGUUUUGUUCUUUCUUUCUUUCACUUAUUCCUUUUUCUUCUUUCAAAUGUUUUUUCAGCUAUAUCUUUCUUUCAUUCAGUUAUUCCUUUUUCUUCUUCCAAAUGUUUUUUCAACUAUUUCUUUCUUUCUUUCUUUUUCUUCUUCCAAAUGUUUUUCAGUUACAUCUUUCUUUCAUUCAAUUAUUCCUUUUUCUUCUUCCAAAUGUUUUUUCAGAUAGAUGUUUUUCUUUUUUCUUUCAGUUCUUUAUUCCUUUUUCUUCUUCCAAAUGUUUUUUCAACUAUUUCUUUCUUUUUCUUCUUCCAAAUGUUUUUCAGUUACAUCUUUCUUUCAUUCAAUUAUUCCUUUUUCUUCUUCCAAAUGUUUUUUUCAGAUAGAUGUUUUUCUUUUUUCUUUCAGUUCUUUAUUCCUUUUUCUUCUUCCAAAUGUUUUUUCAACUAUUUCUUUCUUUCUUUCUUUUUCUUCUUCCAAAUGUUUUUCAGUUAUAUCUUUCUUUCUUUCUUUCUUUCUUUCUUUCUUUCUUUCUUUCAGUUCUAUAUUCCAUUUUCUUCUUAUAAAUCUUUUUUCAAGUAUAUCUUUCUUUCUUUUAUUUUCCCAUUUGAAAUUUCCACAUUUUUUUUUAUCUUUCAAAUUUUUCUUUCUCUCAACUCUGUCUCUUUUUAA